UUGAACGUCAGUAGACGAUGUGAAGUGAAACGACAAACUGGACGUUCAUCCACCAUGCUGCCGAGAUGGUGUCUCGUCUUAGCGUUAGCGACUAUAAUCGCUCAUGGACAGGAGGAAAACAAUAACAUGGAAGUCACUAUCGUUGGCUUGUUUCAACCGGACGAGAAGGAAGAACAGGUUGCGUUUAGGAUGGCAAUCGAGCUGACAAACAUCAAACGAAUAUUGAACGCCACCACGCUAGUAGCGCAUAUCGAGGAAGUCAGCCAGUAUGACAGCUUCAACAUCAGUAAACGCAUCUGCUCUCUACUUGCUAAUGAAGAGAUGAACAUUGGCGCCAUUUUUGGGCCUCAAUCAGCGACAACCAGUGGUAUAAUCAAAUCAAUCAGUGACAAAUUUGAGAUACCACACAUCGAAACCAGAUGGGACCCGUUCGCCAAAAACACCACCAUGAACAUCAACUUGUAUCCAGAGCCUCAAAGAUUGGCACAGGCUCUAAUAGACGUCAUCAAUGACAUGGAUUGGGAGACGUUUACAAUAAUCUAUGACGAUGAGUUUGGUUUGCUUCGUCUCCAAGAGGUUUUCAAGUACCAUGAUGGAUUUCUCAAAGGUGAAGGUCAGACUCCAUUCACGCUGCACAAACUCAAUGAUGACAACGAUUAUAGGCCACUGUUGAAACAGAUUAAAGUGUCAACUGAGACUCAUAUUGUGUUGGACUGCGCGGCUGAGAAGAUUUUGAGCAUUCUUCGCCAGGCGAGGGAAGUUGGUAUGCUCGGUGAUUACCAUAGCUAUAUUGUCACCUCAUUGGAUGCACACACCAUAGACUUUGAGGAGAUAAAGAUGGGCCGCACCAAUAUAACAGCUCUGCGCAUGUUAAACCCAGGCCUGGGUGUAGUGCAGCAAGUUAUAGAUGAAUGGAUAUUUGAAGAACAAAGAAAAAAUCGCACACCCGAUUUGGUAGCCGAUACUCUCAAGUCGCAUUCAGCAUUGAUGUAUGACGCCGUUCAACUAUUUGCAAAAGGUUGGUCUCAACUCGGACUGAAGGAACCAUUGCGUCCAAUCGAGUGUCUAGCCAAAGACAAGCCACGCAACAAAAAUCCCAACGGAUUUCAACUUGUUAGCUUUAUCAAAAUGAUACAAAUGGAAGGAAUGACUGGCAUGAUGGGGUUUGAUGAACUUGGAAGAAGAGAUUACUUUUCAUUGGAGAUAAUUGAGCUGGUAAAGACCGGCUUCAAGAAAAUAGGAUCCUGGGACCCGAAACAUGGCAUCAACUACACCCGCACACAGAGUGAGAUGUACAGUGAACUUGUACAGAGUAUUUCAAAUAAAACGUUCAUUGUAACUUCGAGGCUGGGUCGUCCAUACCUGGAUAAGAGGGAAGGUGAAGGGCUGAAGGGAAACGAUCGCUUUGAAGGAUAUUCCCUGGAUCUGAUUGACGAAGUAGCCAAGGAGCUGGGUUUCACCUAUGAAUUCAAACUGGUCCCUGACAACCAGUACGGUUCUCUCAAUAAGAAGACCGGCCAGUGGAAUGGUCUCAUCAGAGAACUCCAAGAAAGGAGAGCUGACCUUGCAAUUUGUGAUCUUACAAUCACCUAUGACAGAAGGAGUGCUGUUGACUUCACCAUGCCAUUCAUGACUCUGGGUAUCAGUAUUCUGUACAGUAAACCAGUCAAGCAACCCCCUGAUCUCUUCUCAUUCCUGCUUCCCUUUUCACUUGACGUCUGGAUCUACAUGGCAACUGCGUAUCUGGGUAUUUCACUGCUUCUAUAUUUCCUUGCAAGAUGCUCUCCGUAUGAGUGGGAGAACCCCCACCCUUGCAACCCUGAACCGGAGGAACUAGAACUGACCUUCAAUCUGCCAAACUGCCUUUGGUUCGCAAUCGGCUCACUCAUGGCUCAGGGAUGCGAUCUUUUGCCAAAGAUCUCGCCCUACGAAUGGAACAACCCCCACCCUUGCAACUCGAACCCUACCGAGCUUGAGAACACACUUACCAUGAAGAACCUAAUUUGGCACAAUUGCGGAUCAAUCAUGCAACAAGGCUCUGAUAUAGCUCCACAGGCAGUUUCGACGAGACUAUGCGCCGGCAUGUGGUGGUUCUUCACACUGAUCAUGAUCUCGUCGUACACGGCCAACCUAGCUGCCUUCCUCACCAACGAACGCAUGGAGGACACCAUCGAGAGUGUGGAGGACCUCGCCAAGCAGAACAAGAUCAAGUACGGUGUGCUCAACGGUGGAUCCACCGCUAGCUUCUUCAGGGACAGCAACGUAAGCAUGUACCAGAAGAUGUGGAGCACAAUGGAGUCAGCGCAGCCGUCAGUGUUCGUGAAGAGCAACGACGAGGGUGUGGAGCGAGUGCAGAAGGGCAAGCGCACCUAUGCCUACUUCAUGGAGUCCACCUCCAUCGAGUACCAGAUGGAACGCAAGUGCGACCUCGCGCAAGUCGGCACUCUGCUCGACUCCAAGGGAUACGGCAUCGCCAUGCCUUUCAAUUCGCCAUAUCGAACAGCCAUAAGUGGUGCCGUGUUGAAGAUGCAGGAGUCAGGCAAAUUGCAAGAACUGAAAGAUAAAUGGUGGAAAGAGAUGCACGGUGGUGGAGCUUGCGAUGGACAAGAUGAAGCACCGCCGUCCAAUGAGCUGGGUCUGUCGAACGUGGGUGGAGUGUUCCUGGUGUUGAUCUGCGGCUGCGCAGUAGCUCUGUUCGUCGCAAUGCUUGAGUUCUUGUGGAAUGUCAGGAAGGUUGCCGUCCAGGAAAAGAUAUCACCAAAGGAAGCUUUCAUGCUGGAGCUGAAGUUUGCCAUGAAAUGUCAUGGAACAUCGAAGCCAGUGAGAAGACCAAGAGAGCCCAGCACUAAGGGGUCCUUCAUGCAGUUAGAUGUUUUCGAAAAGAAAGGCUCUAUGUGAUAACAGCCCUCAUAAGCUCAUAAGAACAGUGCUUGAGAAACAUCAAGAGGCUUCAUACUGCCAAUAAUAUUAUCAUUAACUAGACAUGGUACUUACACCCGGUUACACAAGAGUCGUUCAACUUUUCCUAAUUCAAUGCAUCAAGAACGAAUCAGAGAAACCUUCUUCUCAGAAAAACCUUCUCUGAUUGGUUCUCGUGUAAUCGAAUCAUGAUUAAAAUGUAACAAGCUUUUAUGCAACCGGGAAUUGAAGUUUUGUAUUUUCCUCUGAGAACUUAAUUACUUGAUAAGCUCGAUUACCAUAUGCUUUUUAAUCAAGUGACAAGAAUAGGAAAUGGUGGUUGUUCAUCUUAAUUUUCUGGUGUUGGUACAUUGGGUGUAUUUACUGAAUACUACUAGAAGUUGCAUAUACAUUUCUAUCACAUUCGGAUGAAUUCUACUAGUCCAUUUGAUCUAGUCAUAGUCUUAUCUAGUCACUAGGUUCAUCUGCCAUGUUCAUUUGACUAGAUUUAUGCUAUUUUUCUUUAUUGUGGUAAGGGUUGUAGUUCAUGAAUUGCAGAUGGAGCUCUGAAGAACUAUAAUAAAUCAUAUUUAUACUCUUGUCAUCAUUCAAUAGACUAUGUAUAUUCCCCAUCUUAUUGAUUCUUGUAUACGCGUAUGUUCGUUUGAUGUUGGGUAUUUUUAUUUAUUUAUCAUGCAAUAGACUAUGUAUAUUCCCCAUCUUAUUGAUUCUUGUACACGCGUAUGUUCGUUUGAUGUUGGGUAUUUUUAUUUAUUUAUUGUACAAAAUACCACAAUCAUAAUAAUAUAAUUAUGACAUUGGCGGAAAAAAUAGGCUGAGCCUGUACUAUUUCUCUCCAAAAAUUUUGAUAAAAGUUAAAUUUUGAAAAUUUUGUGAAGUAAACAACUACAAGAUUAACCCAUUUUGGACUAUGUGUAACAUUUUAUAAAUUUGGGAGAGGAAUAGCACGAGGUUAUCUUAUUUUUUCUUCCCUAUCAAUUUGAUGAUGCACUAAUUGUAUGAAUGAAUAAGAAUCAAUCACAUUUUAAAAUACAUCUCAAUUAUAUUGCAUGAGGUUAAAAGUGACAGAAUGAAAAUGUGUACCCUUUGUAUGGUGAGAUGACAAUUAGAGGCCUAAAUAAAAAUAUGAUGAAUUGAUAAUGCGAAAUGAAAGGAAGAUAACACAUAAAUAUUAUGUAUAAUAAUAUAACAAUAUAAUAAUAUAGACAAUAAUUUCAAUUUCAAACUAAUAGAACUAUUUUUGGGUUCUCUAUCGACUCUCUCCCAAUGCUUCUCGAGGCCAAAAUUAGUUUAUUUUCAUUCUAAUGUAGGCCUAUAAAGCAAAAUGUAGCCUACUUGGUAACUACUUGAAAAGUGCCAUAAUGCCUUAUUAUUUUAUAAUGUCCUUCUGGAAGGACCUGAAUAUUAUUUUAGCUUUUUUCUUGGUCCCUUUUAACAUUAGGUACUUUAUUUUUUAUUCGAGAAGCUUCUUCCCUCCUCCAUCUGCUUGCUUUCUUGUCUUCAAUUUCCUACAAAAUCUGAAAUACCCUAGGUAAAUCACACAAUGACCAAUUUGUAUCUCCUUUAUAAUGAUAUACGCUUCGUUGACUUUUAUACAAUUUAUUGUUCUUGAAAAAUGAAUAAAGUAUUAUGUUACG